UCCUAAUUACAUAAAUACCCCAAACUAAGCCUACUCUUCUUAACACAACCCUAACUCUAGGCAUUCGUAUUUUCUGCCUUCCACUUUGCAAGAACCAGAAAACCAGCUACAGGCGGCUGCUGCGUUCCUCUCAGGAUGGAUUCUCAGAUUAAGCAUGCGGUUGUGAUGAAAAUUAUGGGUAGGACUGGAUCGAGGGGGCAGGUGACUCAGGUUAGAGUCAAGUUUCUUGAUGAUCCAAAUCGAUUCAUCAUGAGGAAUGUGAAGGGACCCGUGAGAGAAGGGGAUGUCCUCACUUUGCUUGAGUCUGAAAGAGAGGCAAGGAGACUCCGCUGAUCUGCCAAUGGCGCCAUGAGCUUUCUUUUAAUUGAAAUAUAGAAGUAUUUUCUGUGUGGUUUAUGUCAAAAGACUUGAAAGUUUGGUUCUUGAGUUGCUCCCUGAUGUUUUUUUUCUUGCUUCAGAGUAUUUUCUGUUUAUUGUUUUCAAUGCACUGACCUUGCUGAGGAAUUUUGCCUUGUUGGUGGGAUAUAUGGGUCCAAUGUGCCUUUGUCGCACUACUCUGCUUGCUUGAUGCAGUAAAAAGUAUUGUUGCAGUUUAUUCUCCUUUCAA